CUCACACCACUGCUCCGGUCGCGUCUGCAGAAUCCUUCGUGUUUUUGCGGUGAGAAGGAGGGAGCCGAAUCGUGGAAGGUGCCAACGGUUACACUGAUCGUGCGCUGUGCCGCACUGUAACGCUGCCGACCCUUUCCGGACUGUCCUCUUCUACCCUUGAUCCUCCCAUUCAACUCUGGUGCAGCUCCUCUGUUCCUUAAAACUCCUGCGCACCCACGUUUUCAUAUAGAACACGUGUUGGACGGAGUAGCAUCUGGGUAAAUUCAGCUGUGUUGACCUCGUGCGACUGUCUACAAUUGUCCCGAUGGAAGAGAAGAAAGGUGAAGUCAAGACCUCUCUCGCCGGUGAGAACGGCCAUACGCAGCGUUUCCUUGAGGAUGAACUCGAUGGCUCGUCGGCGAGCUUUCGUGGCAUCGAUGAAGCUGCCUUAGUGAGGAAGAUUGACUUGCGGCUGCUGCCCGUCCUCUUCAUCGUCUACCUAGCUGCCUUCUUAGACCGAGUCAACAUCUCCAAUGCCUUGACCAUGGGCUUGCCGAAGGAUCUUCACCUAACCAAAGACCAGCCAAACAUUGCUCUAACCAUGUUCUUCAUUCCAUAUGUUCUCUUCGAGAUUCCCUCUAACAUUGCGAUGAAGAAACUCACUCCUCAUGUCUGGUUGUCCGCUUGCACCUGUGUCUUCGGCAUUGCCAUGUUGGGCCAAGGAUUCGUGAAGAACUUCAGUGGCAUUCUCGGGACGCGAUUCAUACUGGGACUUGCCGAGGCUGGCAUCUUCCCCGGAAGUUUUUACCUGAUCAGCUUCUGGUACAAGCGGGAAGAAUCCCAGAAGCGUUUCACAUUUUUUUGGUGUUCAGUCCUGAUCGCUGGUGCAUUUGGCGGUCUUUUAGCGAGCGCAAUCGCUAACAUGAACGGUGUCGCGGGUUAUAAGAACUGGAGAUGGAUCUUCAUUCUUGAAGGCAUCGCCACAAUAGUUAUUGGAGUGUGCUCCUUCUUCUUCAUCACCGACUUCCCAGAUCAGGCUAAAUGGUUGACCGAGGAAGAGCGGGAGUUUGUGAGGCACAGGACAGGCCACGACAAGACACCGCAUCGGCCCAUUGACAUGAAAGACAUUGGUUGGUUCUUCACCGACCUGAAAAGAAUCCUGGGUGCUUUCAUGUAUUGGGGCAUCGUGGUUCCAAUCUACGCUUACUCCUACUUUGCACCAACCAUUAUUAAAACGCUCGGCUACUCGGUUGUGCAGACGCAACUGCGAUCUGUCAUCCCAUUCGCUGCAGCAUUGGUUGGAUGCAUUAUCGUUGCCUACCUAUCGGACAAGAUUGGGAUGCGCUUUCCAUUCGUGGCGUUCGGACUCGCUCUCGCAAUCGUUGGUCUUGGUAUACUCAUGAACGUACACCAUCACUUCUCCGUCCAGUUCGGCGCACUCUGCCUCGUUGCCAUGGGAGCUUUCAUCGCCGGUAUUGCUAUUGUUUGCUGGUAUGUCAUGAAUCUUCAUGGCCAUCUUGAGCGAAGCAUUGGUACUGCAUGGAUGAUCAGCUUCGGAAACACGGGAGGAAUUCUCGCGACAUUCACCUUCCUCGCUGCCGAUGCCCCGUAUUACAAGAAAGGAUACUCCAUCUGUAUGGGCUCGAUCUGUCUGUCCGCCGCGUCCACUGCCUGCUAUGCCUUACUUAUCUUGAGGGAGCGAAGGAGUAGUAGGGCCGUCGCUGGAGUUUCAUAUUCUCUGUAGAAUUGCAGCUCUCGAUCGGACCUGAGAAUUGCGAAUUGCGGAGCGAACGUGAACCCGGCGAGUGUCUAGUUGACAUAGAUUACUUACACUGCGAGCGACCCGGCGUCCAUUGAUGCAUACCGCAACGCACGCAGCGAACUGGAUGGGAAAAGUAUUGCCACUUUCAUCUCUUAGCGUAUGGAGAAAU